CAAUGGACGGCCUGAGCCGCGCCACUGCUGCGGUCUUGACCUUUCCUUUCCGAUAUCUUUUGCGGUCGGUUCCUGGCACAUCGCAUCAUCAAUACCGACGGAAUGGCGAACUUUGACUCCAACCAGUGGUACCAUCUCUACGUGAACGAGAACAAGAAUCAAGCACUCGUUGGAGCAAGCCUUUCAGCGCAAUCGAACGGCACCAGAGGAUCGGCUUUUUUCCAAGCUGCCAAUCUGACCCAACCGAAUCAAAGAUGGCAGUUCUACGCUGUCAACUCAACCUUUUACGUCCUCAGGACCUCGAAGGGAGGGCCGGAUGCCUUCUUAUCGACGAAGUUCGAAGAGGAUGAGAGCACCCCCGGCCAAACGCAACCUCAAAUGAUAAGAGGAAAUGUGUCUGACGACUCCGUCUAUUGGAGAGUGUCGCCCUGGGGAGACGGGACAUUCUUCUUGACCAACAAGGAGAACGGGACGGCGUGGCAUUUGGAGAGGAAGCCUAAUGCGUUAUUGGCCAUGGACUCGAAUAUUACCCAGCCGCAAGACGGGCAGAGAUGGCUGUUCGAUACUAUUGCAACGAUAAACAACGAAAGGUUCUCCACCGUAAACCUACCAACGGCAACUGUGAACUCGCCUGCGACCAUCACGGCGGACCCCUCCGAAGCCUCGUCUUCGUCCUCAGAUUCUGGCUCGGGCUCGGGCGGAUUGUCCACGGGGGCACAAGCUGCGAUCGGUGCGUCUAUUGGCGGAGCCGCUGUGAUUGCGCUCGUGGUACUCGGUCUGUUUCUAUGGCGCAGACGAAGACGAAGGCAAAGCUCGGUGCCAGCCUCAAAAAUGCCCGCGGAAGCGCCUGAUAAAGUGGUGUAUGGAAGGGAUACUGGCACGCUCGACACCCAUCACGAUGGCGCGGUUAGUGAACUGCCGACAACGCAGUACGCAGAGCUACCACAACACGAGCGUCCGGUGGAGCUGCCAGGUGAUGGCUAUAGCCCACGAUGACGGAUGGAAACGUUCGACGCAGACUUUGAGAGAUUCGAUCCCCGGGCCUGUACCCCCUGAGCUACUCUCUGGAAUCUAGCAUCGGCUUAAAGGCUCCCCAUCGUUUUGCAACCGGGC